AUGCUAUUAAAACACUCCAUCCUCUCCCUUCUUUGUGCUCUGGAUGUCGCCUGGGCCUUGGAUCCCUCUGCAUGUUUCUCACCCGACGCCAAAGGCAAAGCCGGCUAUGAAGCAUGCUGUGCCAAACAGAGCAAUGGCAAAGGCACUGUAGGCGGGGUUGUGUUCGAGUAUACCUGCCAAACGUUCCUCAAAAAAGGCGGUGACUAUGGCACAACUCACAAGGGAGUAUCCAGCGCAAGGGAAUGUGCCCAGCUAUGUGCCGGCGACUCAAGCUGCGAAGCCAGCUCGUGGGGGAGCGGAAUAUCUCAAUGCUUCCUGCUCUCGAGCAAAGGGUACACACGGUUUACCCCCAACCCCGGGUUCCUCAUUCUCGAGAAGACGCCCGAGGAGCCGGAGAAACCGGAUCGUGCAAAGGACUGCAAGGAUCUAGUUGAUGCGGGGAAGAAAGAGGGCGAGGCGCAGUGUGCUACCGAUAAGGAUAAGCUCCGAAAGGAGGGAGAAGAGGCUCUGCGUGAGUGCCAGAAGCAGAAGGAGGCAGCUGUUGCAGAGUCCAAGACACAAUGUGAGAAGGAGAAGGAAUCCGCUAUUGCAGAGUCCAAGAC